UCAACCAUACGUGGUGCUAAUUCUAAUAAAAAAAAAUAACCAAAAAUGUAUAAAACCUAUCUAUCUUUUCACGAAACAUCAGUUGUUUUCGAUAUUCGCAACAGUGCACAUACUCGAAUAUAUUAAUUAAAAUUAAUAAAUCGGAUAAUAUUUAUUAAUAUAUUUCAUUUAUAAUUAAUCAUUAAAAAAAAAAUGUGGAUUAUUGCAGUGAAUCUGUUGGCUGUUGCGGGUAUCAUCAAUGGAGCCGAUUGGUCAUAUGAUUUUGAAACGCAAUGGCCAGGCGUUUGUACAACAGGGAGCCAGCAGUCUCCAAUCAACAUAAUGUCCCGGGACGCGGUAGUGGACAGACAGGAGGCACAUAUCAAAGGCCCGCUGGCCUUCAGAGGGUACAGCAAUGUGAAUGCAACUGCUGAAAACAAUGGACAUACUGUGAAAUGGACUAUCGUGGAAGACGAACCAAUGCCCGUACUAUCUGGAGGUCCACUACGAGGAAACUACAGCUUCAUACAGUUCCAUAUCCACUGGCUAUCGGAACACGCUAUUGAUGGCAUGAAAUACCCAAUGGAAAUACACUUCGUUCACGUUAAAACGGGUUUGACUGUCGAAGAAGCUCUAAAACGCCCAGACGGUCUCGCCGUUGUUGGGGUUAUAUGCCAGGUUCAUAGCGGAGAAGAGAAUGAGUUCGCGUUGGGAGAAUUGGCACCAGUGCUCCCUAGUCUUAUAGACAAAGUAUCGGGCCCCUUACCAGCUUCCGUCAUUGAUCUCACGCGUCUCUUGAGUCCAAACGUGCAGUCUUUUUACACGUACCACGGCUCUCUGACUACCCCGCAAUGUCAAGAAGUAGUCACCUGGAUCGUUAUGGAUACUCCUCUCAUUAUAUCUGAUACUCAGUACAAACUCUUCAGCAAAAUCGAUGUUGGUGGCAUAGACAACUACCGAAGCUUGCAGCCUGUCAACCGAGUCGUCUACCGAAGCCUUGCUUCCUGUGCUUCCUUGACCUUACCAAGCUCUCUUGGCAUCCUGGCAGCUCUUCUUAAUCUCUCAUCUACCAUGUCAAGUAUCGUGGGCAAAGGAAUCUGCACAAUUGUUAAUAUGAAGAAAAAGUUCUGGGGCAAUAAAACUCAAGAAUGUAUCAAAAGUGAUUGAACAACGCGAACAUUUAAAUUAUUGGUUUGAAUUACAUAUCAUUUUCGUAAAUAGGACAUUUAAGGAAAAUCCAUAUGGAUAAUGGAUGAUUUUUGACAUCAAUAUGAGCAUAAAAUUUAGAUUUAAAUGCAUUUCUAAACUGCAUCCAGAAUAGCAUUUAGUUAUAAAAAUACUGUUAAUGUGUAUGUUAGAUAUUUCCAAAUAUUGUGAUAGGCUGUACUUUAGUGAAUAGCUCUUGGGGUCAAUAAAACAAUUAACAUUUUCCAUGUGUAACACCUCGGCUCCAGAUGUGCGGUAUUUAGUGGAACUAAUUACCGGAAAUAGGCAUAAAUCCGCUAUUCCAUCCUGACUAAUAUUACAAAUGCGAAAGCGAUCCUUAACGUAAUUUCGCGAAAUUAUCAGAUCUAAAAACUUAUCGGCGGAUGUUAUAUUAUUCGAUUUAAGAUUUGAAGUAAAUUAUCCUAGAUAACGAAUGCAUUUAUAAUUAUAAUUGAUCGCAUUUUAUCUUCGUGAAAUAUUGAUAAAUUAAUUUAACUAGUUAUAACGAGUUCUUAUCAAGAGAUCUGUCUGAAUAAGCCGAACUGAUAAAGCAAAAAAAACAAAAGAAAAAACAAAAGUUUCUUUUUAUAAAUAUAAGCAAUAUAUACAUAUA